AUGUUUCCAAAACGACUAAUUAACCAAGUGUGUGUUAUUGUUAUCUUAAGUUGUGUAUAUACCAGUUUUUAUUUCUUCAUUGCAUUACACAUCAGCCACAGCAGUCAUGACAAGGUAACUAGACGCCUUAAGCUCCAACCCCUGGGACCACAACCGAUCUAUUAUAACAACUCAAACUUCCUCUCGGGAAAGAGAUUCGUGGCAAACGACUUGGGAUAUAUCAUAAACCAGCGGGAUAUCUGCAGAACCAGAGAUGUGUUUCUGUUGACUAUUGUGACAUCACAAAACAAAAACAUUGCCGAACGGACAGCAAUUCGACGUACUUGGGGAAAUACAACGUUAGAAAACGACAAGGGUGUUGCCACCGUGUUCUUGUUGGCGAAGAGCCAUGACCAAGAAUUGAUGAACGAGAUUCAACAAGAGGCUAACGCCUUCAGAGACAUACUUCUAUUUGAUUUUACAGACGAUUAUUUAAAUCUGACGUUGAAGACAAUUCAUGCAUUUCGUUGGGCGGUGGAUUAUUGUCCACGCGUCUCUUAUAUUUUGAAAACGGACGAUGACGUUUUUGUCAAUUAUGACUCUCUCAUGAGAGUGCUUAUAAGUAAGCCGCGAACAAAACUUGCCUUGGGUCAGGUAUCCCAAAACUCCACGGUGAUCAGAUCUCCAAUGAGUAAGUGGAAUACUCAGUUUGACUCAUAUCCGGAUCCGGUUUAUCCGCCAUAUUUGGUCGGGACCGGAUACGUGCUGUCACGUGACGUGGUCGAGAAGGUACGAGACAUAGCGCCAUCUUUGAUCUACCUCAACUGGGAAGACGUGUUCGUGGGGAUUUGUUUACGGAAGAUUGGCGUAGACGUAGUAAACGACACGCGAUUUGGUCACGAUUGGUCCAUAUAUUCUGACCCCGAUAGAUGCAAACUGCGGUGGUUGUUUACGUCACAUCACAAGGCGCCAUCUCAUCAGUUAUUUGCAUGGAAAAUGUUACAAUAUGCCCAGCAACCCAAGCGCAUACUCUUGUAUCCAUGUGUUGAAUCGGGGUAUAGGAAGACAGGACGCAUGUUAUAA